CGUCCUUCCGUUCCACCCGUUACGUGCCGUCGGAAAAAAAUCGACGUUACGUCGAGUAUGGGAGGGGAUGACGGAGAAACCACGUCACGGCGGUCGACGUUCGGAACGGGAUGGGGCCGAGAGGACAUGCACUGUCCUGGCCGUGGCACAACGAUGCUCGCCGCGUUCCGUGUAAUACUCGCGUGUUGCGCCGCCGGGUGUUGCGUGUGGCGGCGGGCCGCGUGCCUGUCGUCCGAAUCGACGCCGCUGUACCUGCGGAGCGCGUAUCCGCUUUGGGACCCCGAGUCCACGCCGUCCCAUUCGGCGGCCGAGCCGCUGCUGCUCACGCCGUACCUGCGCAACGGCAACAUACUCAGGGCCAAGCAGUUGGCCAGGGUUACCGAGGUGUACCUGCCGCACCACGUGGUCAGCUACUCCGGUUACUUCACGGUCGACGACCAACACAACUCCAACUUGUUCUUCUGGUUCUUCCCCGCAACGUGUCUUUACCAUGAAAUAGAAGCACCGUUAAUUUUAUGGCUGGAAGGUGGCCCUGGUGCCAGUACGGCGUUCAGCGUAUUUAAAGAAAUUGGCCCGUUCAAUUCGUCUUUUGACGGAAAAACCUACACAAUUGACGAAAACCCAUUAUCUUGGCACAAUAACAACUCAUUACUAUUCAUCGACAGUCCCGUUGGAACAGGAUUCAGUUUCACUGAACACAUUGACGGUUAUGCAACAAACUUCACGACCGUUGGAGAACAACUUUUCGAAGCUUUAACACAAUUCUACACUAUGUUUCCCGAACAGCGACCUAAUCCAUUCUAUAUUGUGGCUGAAUCAUAUGGUGGCAAGUUUGCACUUUCUUUGGCGACAUUAAUCCACAAUGACAAAACAUUAACUGAUAUAAAAAUGGAAGGAAUCGCAAUUGGCAAUGGAUUUUUAGAUCCUGAAACAUUAUUGUGUUAUGGAGAUUUUCUAUACCAAAUUGGUUUAGUUGAUAACAAUACAAAACAAGAAAUCAAUAAAUUAGAAACCCAAGGCAGAAAAGCAAUACAUGAUAAGCACUUUGUCGAUGCAUUUUAUGCCUGGAGUGGUAUAAUGAGUACGUUUAUUGAGCAAACUCAAUUCCCAAGCCUAUACAAUAUCAUUGACGGCGACACGAUUCCGUGGAAUUCCACUGACAGCAUAGGGGACGUCAGCUACAUUGACUUAUUGCAGACGGUAGAUAGCCGGAGAGCUCUACACGUAGGCGACAUUGAGUAUACUAGUUUGGGCGUGAUUUAUUACAAAAUGAUACCGGAUUUCAUGACUUCGGUUAAAGAACACCUGGAACAGCUAGUAACGAGUUAUCCCAUUCUGGUGUACAAUGGUCAGAUGGACCUGGUCGUGGCAUAUCCGCUGUCCGUCAAUUUAUAUUCGAACAUGAAGAGCCCGUACGGUACCGAUUACAAGAAGGCGAUCAGAAAACCGUGGUAUGUAAAUAAAAAGUUAGCCGGCUACAUAAAAACGGUUGGAAACCUCACAGAAGUGUUGGUCAGAAACGCGGGCCAUUUAGUAUCCUGCGACAGACCAGAAAUCUUGUACGAUCUCAUACACAAAUUUAUUACGAAACAACUCAAUCAAUAAAUUGUAACCUACACCUUAAAAGAGAUUGAAAUACCUACUGAUAAUGUUCAUCGUGGUUACCUAUUUGUUUUUAAAAAAUCCCAUCGACUGUACACUAUAAUUAUAUUAUAAAAACAGGUAUUACUACCUAAUUCGACUGUUUGUACCUAUAUAAUAUUUUCUUUUUACUUAUGUAAACUUUUUCAUUACUGUCACUACUAAAAUAAUCACUCGUGUGUUCCAAAAAUAUAUAUUAGGUAACAAAAUAUAUUUGGAAUUAAAAAAAAAAUUGAAUAGUUAUAACCCGGCUAUUUUAAUAUUUCUAUAUUGUUGUCAUUCGUCCAUUCAAUAAACAAUAAUAAUAAAUAUUAUGAUUAAGUUUUUUAUGAAAAAUGCACCCUAUGGAAUUUAUUUUGUAAAGUUUUGUUUUAUAACCAAUUAAUAUAAUUUUUUUUUUUAAUUUGAAUAUGAUUAUUUUUUGUUGUAUUAUGCUUAGCCUA